AUGCCGACUGCAGCUGGAACCUGCUGUAAGGACGGGAAGAUCGAUUAUUGCGAGCAGAACACAGCUUACACAGCCUCGAACCCACCAAACCCUUCGUCGACACCAGAGAGUCCAAGCACAUCAUGCUACAACGGGGGAGGCCCCACUGCAACGAUCGAUAUUGGGACUGUGCAAGGAACGACUACUUCAAUGCCAGCAGCGACAGCAGCAGUGAAUCAGUACUUGGGCAUUCCCUUUGCAAAGAGUCCACCCACGAGAUUUGCACCUCCCGAGUCCAUACAGUCAUCAGGACAGACGAUCAAUGCCACCGCGUUCAAGCCCGCGUGUAUCCAGCAAUUCUCAGGACCAGCGCCUGUCGCAGAGAUAACCAAAGCCGUGUUCAACAAUCCUGGGGGCCCUGCUCCAGAGGAGAGUGAAGACUGCUUGUACUUGAAUGUAUACGCCCCAAGUUCUCCAGCGCCCUGCGAUGGACGUGCAGUGCUAUUCUGGAUUUAUGGCGGAGGAUUGCAGCUGGGGACUGCAGGCCAACAGUACUAUGAUGGUAGCACGCUCGCGGCUUACGAGGAUGUCAUUGUCGUCACGGUUAAUUACAGGACGAAUGUCUUUGGUUUUGCCACGUCCCCCGAACUCCCCAUCACCGAACAGAACCUUGGCUUCUUGGACCAACGAGCAGGUCUUGACUGGGUUCAGCGCAACAUCGCAGCAUUUGGUGGCUCACCGGACAAAGUCACCAUCUUCGGCGAGUCUGCUGGCGGCUGGAGUGUGGAUGCUCUAUUGACAUCAUAUAACAAGGGAGACACCGUUCCAUUCCGUGGAGCGAUCCUACAAAGUGGCCAAACCUCGUUCAGGUCGCAGCCGCGCCCUUUGACCUACGAACGAUGGGGUCAACUCGCUGCAGCGUUGAAUUGCUCGACGAGCUAUAGCAGCAACUUGACCUGUAUUCGCGCAGCAAACGCGACGACUAUCAAAUCCAUCAAUGAACAGCAGGGUCUGGAGUUCAGCCCAGUAUUCGACAACAGAACCUUCUUCGUCAAUGCAGCCGAAAGACGCGCACAAGGGCUCAUCCCCAGCAUACCCGUCCUCGGCGGAUCGAACGCGCAAGAAGGCCGAGUGUUCCAGAUCGGCCAGAAUGAUUCCCGACCAUUUCUCGAACAAAUCACAGCCAACAACAGCGCCGCCAUCGAUGCCAUUGCCGCCGCCUAUCCUCUGAGCGGCUUCGACUCCGGCCCGACGCCAUACGAUCAGCUCUCGCAAAUCUACACCGAAUACCUCUUUCAAUGCCCCGCCGGACUGUGGGCCAACGCCUCUGCAGCGGCCGGGAUUCCCACCUGGCAAUACUAUUACAAUGCCUCGUUCUCCAACGUCCAACCCGUAGCGGGAAUUCAAGCUUUGGGUGCCUAUCACUCGAGUGAAAUCCCUCUCGUGUUUGGAUCAUAUUUGCCAAUCAAUGAGACCACGCAACAGUAUGCCCUCCUCAAGACCAUUCAGGGCGCAUGGGCGAGAUUUGCAAAGAAUCCUGCUGGUGGGCCGGGUUGGAAUCCCGUGGGCACCGGCUCGGCGAGUCAGGUGUUGGGUGCAGCACGAGGGAUCGGUCCCACGGGGGCGAUGGAAGUUGCAGGUGGUAUCUACUUCAAUGACAAUUCCACUCUGCCGGGUAGUUUGGAUAUGGCAGUUCUUGGGACGCGUGGUUCGAUACUGAGCUCGGGGAUUACGGUUAUUAACUCUGCGGAAGUCAAUUCUCGAUGUGGGCUUUUUGCACCGAGAUAUAGUGCGAUUGCUGCGAUGGAUAUGGUCACGGCGGCGGCGGCAGCAGCAGCAGCAGCGGAAUACAUACCUACCUAG